AUGGCGCACAUGCCCCCGCCUGACGACCACACGACGCCCCGUGCCAUCGUAACAACCUGCCCGCGGUCCUUGCUCUUCUGCGUCGUCGCCGACAUAGACACCGCCAGCUGCCGCCCCCUCGCCAUCACCUACCGCCAGGGACACGGCCACGCCCCGGCCCACGGCAACCAUGCCCCCGGCCAACGCGUCCGCCACGCCCUCCUCGACGACGCGGCCCGGGCCGUCGCCAUCCUGACCCAUCCCGCAAACCGUACCGCCCUGGAAGCCGAGCGCGCCCUCGCCCUGGCAUGGUGCCGCCAAGGAACCCCCGGCCGCGCCUACACCGCCGAGGUCGACGUCCCCGACGCCCCGCAGCCCCCCUUCGAGAUGCAGUACAAGGGCCACUGGUCAGAACGCACCGGCAAACCCGACCGCCCCGAGCGGCCCUGCCGACCCGACCCGUGUGGGUUCCCCUUCACCUCGACCUGUCUGCGGCUGGCCCUGACCGGCGACGACCUCUACCACACGGGGUACGGGGACGUCCAGGAGCAGCCCCUGGCGUGCGUCUUCCGCGCCGACAAGCUCGAGUACGGCCUGGUCGUCCUCGACAUAUCCGACCUGGACGACGUGCGCUACGGCUUCGUCGCCCCCGCCGUACGCUAUACGGCUGCUGACAUUGGGCCCGUCUGGGAUUACGUCGAGGACCUGCCCCUCGCCCGGCCUCCCACCCCCCGAGCUGGAGAGGUCGCCCUCCCGCACCCCCAUGGCUGCCUCCGGCUUCAUGACAAGAUUCGGCCCCCACGAACAUCUGGCCAGUGUCCGUCGAGCGUCCAGGCCGUGGUUCGGCUUCUGUGCAACCCCCCACGCAAGACGACGGGCAUCUCGAACCCAUCAUCGACCUCAUUCUUCGCGAGGCUGCGCAUGACGGCGGACGAGACGUCGCUCAUGCUCACCGGGCGUGCAUCGACCUUCACAGCUUCCAGGCCAGACUGA